CAACCUGAAGGGGUUCGCGUCUACCUUUAAAGGGACUCCGUUACAUCUCGUGUAACCUGCAGCUGUGACCUUAAUUUGCAUUGUGUCACCCAACAAUUGGGUCCGCCCUCGUACCCAUUUCCAAUAGGUUGGAGUAGGUUUGUGGGACCAAGGGCGAAGCGGAUUGGAGUUAAGCUCAAGAGCGAGGUGAUAAGUUUACAUCGGCGUGUGUGGGUCUCUCAGUCUUGAUGCCUACAUCUCAAACAACCACACACUUAAGUAGUUGAGGGCCACGUGGUAGCAUUAUCAGUCAAACAACUGUCGCUCCCAUCAUCAGUAUCUGCUUCAUCAAAGCUAAAGGGCACUUCUUAAUGAGGAAACAAUGAAAAGUGUGUGACCCUCCUACAGAGGUUGACAACCCAUCUUUCUUAGCAGUCACAUCCGGACACACUAGCCACAGUUGUGAUAUUUUUGAUAUUUUUGUGUUAAUGACACUGGUGUAUGGAGUCAGGGAAGCGAUGCGCUUGCGUAGGUGAUGCACCAGUGAUUACAAGUUGGUUUUUCAUCGUGGUCUCUCAACCGAGAAGGCCGAUUGGGAUAUAUUUCUCCAUAUGAAAUUGAUGCACCACUGUUGAAAUUGUCAGCGCGGUGGCGAUACCCAUUAUGUGUGAGUUUUAAUGCUGGUCGUCGGAGGAUUUGUGUUUUUUUCAUUUGUGUGAAAAGUUCCAAUCGACAGGAUAAGGUUAAAUGCAUACAUACAGUGGGGUUGUUCCGCAUUCACGACAGCGUUUUCUGAUUUUCCCACUCACCCAGAGGAGAACAUACCUUUAUGAGAUUGGAAUCUAUGAGAAAGUGGAGUUACUGCUUAAGUUAGACGCGUCCUCAAAUCAACUGUUGAGGAUUUCUGAAAAUGUAACAUUGGCAUCGAUGUAUGACCGGUUAAUGCCUACUUUCUGAAUUUUUAAAGAUGAACAGUCAACGAAGCGAGACGGGUUUAAAUUGGUGCUCGGCCGACUGGGGAGGCUGCACACGGUAUUUUGAUUGUGGAUGCGAUGGCACAAACAGUAGUACAUCGGCGGUGAUCACACCAGGUACAUGUACCAAUCAUCGUCGUAGCGAGACUGAGUCGCAUCGUUGUUGCACCCAUCGGUGUACCCCUGCCGUCACCGCCGGGACGAUACAGGCUACUUGCACAUCGUGUGUGAACCGGGCCAGCCCAAAUGCAGGUACCGGCAUGGCCGGGAGGUUAACUGCCGGAACAUCCACGCCGUACUGGCGUCAAGCCAACGGGACUAAUCAUCGGAACUACCCGGACAUGGGCGUAUUAACUUUGCUGCAGAGCUGCCUCGCUAUCACUUCAACAUGGAUGUCUUACUCCUCGCGGGCUCUUACCGGCGGUUGGAUGGUUUAUCUUUUCUUCUACCUCAUUAUUCUCAAUACUGGAUUGUCAACUUCUCAUUCACUGGAUGCUUCGCGACAGCCAACACAAAGAUCAGAAGACGCAACGUUGCCCGUCAACACAGUGGAAGAUUACUUACAGAAAAAUUUCCCAAACAGAUCUGGGUCGGACGGUGAGAGCUCCGUUAACAACAGAGUCAGGCUCGGCAGAGCAGGGAAAUUGAAACCGCCAACAAUGUUAAACAUGAAGAGAAUUGAGCAGGAAAACGCAAGGGCAAGCUGCCAACCACGUGACACGGUCCUUGACAGCUACAAAGAACUCAACAUCCCCAAGGGUUUCGACACCAAGGUCUUCCCAGCAUGCAUUGUGGUUCAACGCUGUAGAAGUGGAGGCUGUUGCCGUGACGACCAGGAGUGCGUGCCCAGAAGUAACGGCAGACAGAAUGUUUCUAAACUGUUCUUGGUGAACACAUUGGUCACCACACGUUCCAUCGUGGAGGACGUUCACUGCGAAUGUGUGGCGAAACCUGAUUUCUGUUCCCCGCCCGAGACGGACUGCCCGAACGGCAAGGUGUGGAGUUACGGACAGUGUGGCUGCACCUGUCACUACCGAUGCCCCAAACCCUUCCUACAGGACGAGAAUACAUGUGCAUGUGAUUGCUUGAUGAACAACCGGGUCUGUAAGAACAUCCAACGUGGACGCAAGGACUUGAAGCUAUCUGUCGAGGAGUGCGACUGUGUUCGUAGAGGAUUAUGCGCCACUCCCAAUUGUGUCAACGGACGAUUUUCUUUGAACAAGUGUAAAUGCGUUCAGGAGCAGCAAUCCAGAUAACUAUUGGUCCAGGACUGAAAAACAAAUGAACAUACGUCUGGUUUCCUGACGUGUGCACAUAUAUUUAUAAACUUUUGUGUGAAUAAAGACGCACAGGGAAGAAUGGGAAGAGACCACAUGUAAGGAAGGAUUGGGAAACGAUCGGUGAAAGCACACCAUAGCGUUGAUUAACGGUUCAUGUUCACGUACACACGCGUCGAAGGCAACAUGGUAUCACAUUGUAGUUCAGAGUAUUAUAUAGGAAAGCUUCCAGGGCCAUCGGGGGGGG